AUCUGAGACAAACCAGGAAACAGGCUGUUAUUCUGCCUCACCCUGAAGAGACACACACACUGACAGACGGACCGACCUGCAGACACAAACCAGCACGACUUCCACUGAGAGAGGACAGGAGGAGGAGGGAAUACUGGGAGUACUUGUUAUACUGGGAAUACUGGGAAUACAAACACUUCAACCUGCUGCUGAAUCCACAAACUGAACGAGAGUUUCAAAGUGAAAGUAACUCUCAGGGACGGGGAGUGGCUUACUGUUUUUUUCUGCUGCGUGUUUUGACUCUGAGGUAAAAUGGCGUCCAAAUUAGAGGAAGAUCUGACCUGUCCGAUCUGCCUCGAGAUCUUUAAAGAUCCAGUGAUCCUGUCCUGCUGCCACAGCUUCUGUAGAGAGUGUGUGAAGGACUGCUGGAAGGAGAAGGAGAACCAGGAGUGUCCACUCUGUAAGAGGAGACAUUCAAAGGAAUUAUUACCUGUUAACUUUGCUUUAAAGAACCUGUGUGAGAGUUUUCUGCAGGAGAGAGAUCAGAGAGCUUCAGAGGAUCUCUGCAGUCUGCACUCUGAGAAACUCAAACUCUUCUGUCUGGACCAUCAGGAGCCGGUGUGUCUCGUCUGCAGAGAUUCAGAAAAACACACCAACCACAGAUUCAGACCCAUCGAUGAAGCUGCUCGACAACACAAGAACAAACUUCAGGAAACUCUGGAGCCGGUAAAGAAGAAGUUAAAUGUUUUUAAAGAAGUUAAAGUGAAGUUUGAUCAAACAGCAGAACACAUUCAGGUCCAGGCCCGACACACAGAGAGGCAGAUUAAGGAGCAGUUUAAGAAGCUUCACCAGUUUCUAGAAGAGGAAGAGGAGGAUAGGCUGUGUGCACUGAGGGAGGAAGAGGAGCAGAGGAGUCAGAGGAUGAAGGAGGAGAUGGAGGCUCUGAGCAGAGAGAUAGCAGCUCUUUCACACACAGUCAGAGACACAGAGGACGAGCUGAGAGCUGAAGACGUCUCAUUCCUGAAAAACUACAAGGCUGCAGUGGAAAGAGUCCAGCAGCGCCCCCUGCUGGAGGAUCCACAGCUGCCCUCAGGAGCUCUGAUAGACCAGGCCAAACACCUGGGCAACCUGAGCUUCAACAUCUGGAACAAGAUGAAGGACAUGGUCUCCUACAGUCCGGUCAUUCUGGACCCAAACACUGUUUAUCCAGGCUUCAUCCUGUCUGAAGAUCUGACCUGUGUGAGAGGAGGAGAGAGACAGCAGCUUCCUGAUAAUCCAGAGAGGACUGGUUCUUUCUGGUCUGUCCUGGGCUCUGAGGGAUUUAACUCAGGGACUCACAGCUGGGACGUCCAGGUUGGAGACAGUAAAUACUGGUAUCUGGGUGUGUUAGCAGAGUCUGGACAGAAGAAGGGAGACAUAGAUUCUGAAUCAUGGAUAAUAUGGUUCGCUGAUGGUGGAUAUAUAGCAUGCUCCCCAACACAUUCAUACACUGAACUCUCAGUGAAGAAGGAGCCUCAGAGGAUCAGAGUGAAUCUGGACUGUAACAGAGGAGAGCUGUCGUUCUCUGAUCCUGAUACUAACACACACAUACACACAUACACACACACUUUCACGAAGAGGAUGUUUCCAUACAUUAGAACUUGGAAUAAGGUGAAGAUUUUACCAGAGAAGAUCUCUGUGACUGUGAAACACUAAUACAUAAUGAAGAUGAUGAUGAUGAAGAUGAUGAUGAUGAUGAUGAUGAUGAUGAUGAUGAUGAUGAUGAUGAAGAUGAUGAUGUUCUGAAUCUUCGUCUCUGUUUCUUUUAGUAUUGGUUUGAUUGCGUUGCCAUGGUGAUUUUGUUCAUUAUAACUUUGAGUAUAAUUCGACAGCAGGUAAAAUCUUGAUCCUGAUUGGUCGGUUUGUUGGAGUCUCUUUAAAUAUAAUCUGCUCAGCGUGUUAACUGGUUAACUGUCGUCUCUUUUUCACUUGAACUCUGAGGAGUCCCUGAAGGCAUCAUCGUCUGUAUCUCUGUGUGCUGGAGUUAUUACCCUGCACAGAGAGAUUAUAAUCUGCACACAGUGAUCUGAAAUCACUCCACAGUUGUUGAGACAUCAGAAAGAGUUAUGCAAUUGUUGAAUUAGUUUUUACCAUAUAUGUUCUUUUUCUGUUAUUAUCAUUUAAUCUUUUUAUCAUUUCAUUCAUAUGUCAUAUAGUCGCUACGACUUUUGGUUUUUUGGCUUUUAUAUUUCCUGUCAAUCCUACACACACACCUGCUUUGACAUUAAAACCACAUAUGAACUUGGUAUCAACUGUGGAUGUAUCAUGUUUCUGCGAAUAUGAAUUGUUGAGGUUUUACAGAAUCUUGGAAAAAAAGAGACCGUCUGGCUAUAAAAACGCUGUGGAAAAGCUGAUCGGGGUUCUUUUUUACUUUUCUAAAGGACUCCACGUCACUCUGACUUUUGAAUCCUCAUUUUGGGACUUAGUCUCUGAGACCAAGAUCUUUUAAAACCUCAAGUGUCUACACUCUCGGGUUUAGACUUUGGUCUUUGUGUUUUGCUUUUACUUUUUACCUUUUUAUAUUUUUACUUUUACUGUUUUGUAUUUGCAUUUGGAAUAUCAUUUGAAGUUUUUCAAAUAAAUUUUCUUAAACUUUUUUUAAA